GCGACCAACAAAACCACCCUCACUCACGCGCCUACUGCUACCUGCCUGCCACGCCCGGCCACGCCAUCUUCAAGCGUACAUCAUGGGUGCGAUAUGCCCACCUACCGGCCUGCCUGCCUGCCUGCCUCUGCCUUUCUACGUAUGGGUCAGUCAGUCGUCUUCCCACUCGAGAUCUGGAUCUUCGUCGUCCUGCUCUUUCUCCUCCUGCUGUCGCUGGCUGUCUGGGUCAAGCUGGAAGAUGCUCAGAAUCAACUUCUGCAUCAACCUGCACCACAACACAACACAACACAACACGAUACACACGAACGGGGUGUGGGCGGGUAUGCGUGUCGGUCGGUCCGUCGGUCAGUCAGUCUCUCUCUCUCUCUCUGUGCGUGUGUGUACGUUUUGAGUUCUUCUCUGGUCUUUUUGGUCAUGACCCCCUCUGCGAGUUGCCUCUUCUUGUCGUGGACGGCGAGCAUCUUCUCCUCGACGCUGCCCCUGACCAGGAUCCGCUGCAUGUGCACCUCACGAUCCUGACCGAUGCGGUGCACUCGGUCCACGGCUACACACACGCACACACAUGGAUAGAUGGACGGAUGGAUGGAUGGAUGAGCCGGGCCAGGGCUGAUUGGUGUGUCGUUUGUCGGUCGGGCUGCGUACCUUGGUCCUCGCCAGCAGGGUUCCACCACGUGUCGACCUGAUGUAUGGAUGGGCGCGCCAUGACACAAGACACAGUUUGAAUGAAUGGAAUGCCUUUGUCUGCCUGCCUGCCUCCGUGUGUCCGUGCGGGUGGAGUCGUACCAGCAUGACGCUGUUGGCCGCCGUGAGGUUGAGUCCCAGGCCGCCUGCCUUGAGACUGACGAGGAAGAUGCGGAUGUGCGGGUCGUUGUCGAACGAGUUGAUGGCUGCCUGCCGACGAUCCUUCGUCUGACGCAUGCACGCACAGAGAGACAAACAUCAGCCAGCAGGCGCCUUGUGACGCCUGCAGUGCGUCGGUCGGCCGGCCGGCCGGCCGCUCACCAUCUUGCCAUCCAGACGCACGAACGGCACACCUGCAUCGCGAUACCAACCACCACAGGCACACAUUGAGGAGAAUAUGCAUGCACACACGGCUGCAAUCGUACGUCUGUCUUGCAGCCCUCUCUGGAUGAUGUCCAGGAACUGCACACACACACAGACAGAGACAAAGUUGCAUGUGUGUCGCUCGUGUGUGUGUGAGUGUGUGUGUGUCGAGCGGACCUUGGUGAAUUGACUGAAGACGACGCACUUUGCGGGCUUGCCGUGGUUGGACUGAGACAAGGACACUGAACACACACACACCGACCCAAACACACAACAGCCAUGAAGAUAGUAUCUCCCACCACCACGUAUGGCGCGGGUCGCAUGAGAGAGAGAGAGUGCUGACCGUGGAUCUGUCGGUAGAUCUGCUCGAGCUUGGCCGAUGUGCGGUUAUGCGCUCCCGUGGCGGCACUGCUGCUGCUGUACGAGUAGCUGUCGUCAUUGUCACCAUCAAACAGCUGAGAACACACAUACACACACACACACGCCUCCCGAUGUGGCUGUGAGUAUGUGCUUGUCUGUCUGUCUGUCUGUCUGUCAGUAUUACUUCGGCGUCUUCUGAGGCCUCGACCAGGUCUGACAUCCUGACAGGGCCGCGGCAAUUCGGACACUGCUUGAGGCUCUUCAGGUGCCUGCACCGCGCCCAGCACCACCCACUCCCAUAUGUAGGCAGGUAGGUGUCCUGUCCUUGGUGGUGUGGCUGGCGUGUGUCGGUGCAUACGUCUCGAGGCACGACUUGUGGAAGACGUGUCUGCAGGUGGAAAUGAUCAUGUCGCUCCCCUCCUCCAGACAAAUCGAACACUGGUCUGCAGCCACACACACACACUCACACAGAUUUACACCACCACCCACAGCAAGACAAGACAGGUGGAUGGGAUGUCUGUGUACCGUUCCCUACCGACAGACCUGUUUUGGAGUCUCUGAGUAUCUGCAGCAGGCUCUUGACCUCCGAAGCGCCGAGCUGCAUGAUGGACCGCUCCAGCCUCGCCGUCGCACCGAUGUCACCCUCACUCGCAGCCUCCAACGACUACACACACCACAACCAACCACAAACACACAAACACAUGGAGAACAAAUGGGCCACCUUGUGUGCGGGCGGGCAUUCGGCUCACUCACCCUGAGCAUGUCUUCCGGAAGCAGCGACGAGUGGCAGCACAACAUGCGCAACCUGCACGCACCCAACACAGCCGCCGGAGAGGUCAGACAGAUGGUGUUGGUGUGGUGUGGUGUGUGCACGGACCGCAGGAGCAUGAUAAGGAUGCUGGAGAAGUUUUUGCCGAGUUCGUCUGCCUCCUGCAGCUUCUUGACCAGCUUCUGCGUCCGGUCGUAGAGCACUCGGUACAGCCGACCCUCGUACUCGUGGAACUCGCAGUACACCUUGUGCCUGACCGACCGACCAGUGAGGGAGGGAGGGAAUCGACGAACGAAUCAAUGAGUCAGUCAGCGAAUGAACGAAUCACACACACGCACACACACACACACACACGCACAAAGGACCUGUGCAGCUGUGGCAGCUGGAGCAGGGGCCGUUCGAUGCCCGUCUCUGGGUCCUUGACGCGCUGGUGCUUGGUGCGGCGGAGAGCUGACCCCACACAACCACACAACCACACAGGCAGGCAGGAGGGUGUGUUGUGUUGUUGCCGGCAGAUAUCAUGUGUGCGUGUGUCGCGUGCGGUGUGCCGUUUGCUCACUUGUGUAUCUGACGACCACUUGGAGCCUCCUGAAGCCGUUGGGGUCGCACCUCUUGAUGGGCUUGUUGAUCUUGCUGCAGAAACUGGCGCACACCACACACAGAUGUCCAUAUAUAGUGACAGACAGAGAGAGGCCAUCAGCUGAGACCAUGCAUGGCAGGGAUCGAUCCGUGUGUGCGUGGUGUGAUUGCGCGUCCCUGUGACUUACACUUCCCAGUCGUCGAAUGGCUUGGCCCUGCAAACACACACACAUACAGACACACACACACACACACAGACACGGAGAGGUGAGCGUUGGUUGGUGUUGGUGCGGUGCAGCGGAUGGUUUGUGUUAAUGUGUGUGUGUGUGUGCUAGUGGUUUUGUGUCAGUUGCCUGAGGAAGUGCAGGAGCGAGUAGAUGUCCUCGACUUUGUUCUGGAUGGGCGUCCCAGUCAAAGACCAGUGGAUCGUCGCACGCUGAAUGAGUGAAAGAGCCACAGCACGACAGACAGUUCAUCACACAAAGUGAGUCGGCAGGCCCACCACCUCCCUCCCUCCACUUGGUGUGUACCAGGUGCGCGACCGCUUGUGCAGUCUGGCUCUUCCGGUUCUUGAUCAUGUGUGCCUCAUCCUGCGCACCACUCCAACGCACAAGCACACACACAGAUGCUGCACUGCACCCGCCUGUAUGUGUGUGAGGGUCAGCUCAGCUCUGGCCUUACGAGGACGAUGCGGUGCCAGUGGAUGGCCUUGAGGUUGGCAGACUUUGACGACCGCCUCUCGUUCUUGACUGCAUGGUCAAUGAACGAACGAGUGGACACACACACACACACACACAUAGAGGGAUGGAUGGAUCGUCCGUCGUGCCCUCUCCUGCGUACACUCAGUCUGCACGAUGUUGAAUGUGGUGAUGACCAUGUCGUAGCUCGCGAGCAACGAGGGGGUCACGCCGCCACGGUCCUUGUAGUACUCAUACUGCCUGCAUCACCACACGCCACACACGACACACGACACACCACACAUCCAUAUCCUACCCACUCCAUCCAUCCACACACCCACCCAUCCUUUCACCUGAGGUGCGGCGCGAAGACCUCCGCCUGUUUCUUCCAGUUGGCCACGACCGUCAGCGGACACACCACCAGCGUCCCCCCCCGCAGCAGACCCCCGCUCCCGUUCGCCCGCCCGCCCCCGCUCCCCUUGCCCACCUUACGCGCACCACCACCACCGCCACCGCCACCAGCUCCCUCUACUUUCCGCUUCUUAUGCAUGACCGGCAGACCGAAGUCGUUGUCCAUAUCGUCGUCGUCAUCGUCAGAGUCGGAUGGCGAUGGGGCGAGGCCGGGGAGGUAGUGGGGGUCUGAUGGGAAGGCUGGGGGCUCGUCUGAUGGGGAGGGGGAGGGAGAGGGGGAGGGAUCGUCGAAGGCGGUGCUGUCCAGGGGCUCAGUGCUGUUGAUGCCGCUGCCGUUGGCGCAGAUGAGAGACAAAGUGGUCACCGUCUUGCCUGACGUGUACACACACACACACACACACACAUGCUGUGAGACUGCCCACGACGUAUUGCCAUCCAUGAUGCGCGUCCAUCUUUCUGACCUAAUCCCAUAUCGUCGGCGAGGAUGCCGCCACGGAAGAGGGGCAUGCUGCCCGACCGCCGCUCCUUCGUCGCAAUCUGGAUGGGGUAGGUGGACGGGGACACCAACACACACACACACACACCUACACCUGGUCCCCCUGUGUGGUGUGAGCCUUUUCUCACGUUGUGGAUGAUGUCAGGGUUUUCUGUUUUCUUCCAGAAGAGCACCAUGGGGUCCUUCUUGCUGUCCUUGUCAUCGCCCCCAUCGCCGUCGUCCUGCUUCAGGUCGAUGACGUCCACCUGCUCGUUGAUGGCAUCCAGUAUCGUCUGCCGCUUCUCACGACCUAUCAUCCACCGAAGAGCCUUCCGCUGGACACACACACACACAGGGGGAAGGGUCGGUGUGUUUGCGGAGUCGUGUGUGUGUGUGUUGGGGGGGGAGGGGGGGCAUGUGGUGUGACCUGGUGCUCGAGCAAGUCUGUCUGAAUCUGUGCAGGCGUAUCGGCCUCGGCCAUCAGGUGAUACUCAGCACCGGCAUACAGCCCCUCCAGCUCACGCUCCAGUAUAUCUACAAUACACACACACACACGUCAUCCAUCCAUCCCAGAUGCCCUCCCUCCCUCCCUCCCUGUGACACCGUCUUCCGGUCACUCCGCUCACCGGCCUCCGACGGUCCAUUCAGUGCAGGGGGGGAGAAAUCGAAACCGAGCCCUCCUCCCGCCCCACCAGGAUGGCCCAUCCCGCCCCCUCCCAGCACCCCACCAUAGCCACCGUAGCCACCCACACCCGUCGAGGCCGACGGCAUGAAGGGGCCGAGGCCACGAGGAGCGAACGGCGCCGCGCCAGGGAUGCCCAUCCCGGCCGUGUAUGGGAAUCGGUGUGGCCCCCUUGGCAAGAAAGGCUCGGUACGCGGCAGGACAUUGCGGCUGGCUGCUCGGCGGGCUUGUCGGUUGGGGGCUUUCGAGGGGGGGUCGGGGCCCAUGUGGACUGAGGCAGGCAAGCAGACAGAGAGAGAAAGGGGUACGGUGGGAGGCUUCCUGUUUGUGUUGGUUGUUGGCUCACCUCUGUCCUUGCCGUAGCCGAAUGAGUCGGAAAUCUGCUGCAGGGCAUUACGCACACGGAGGGCGUCACCGCUGCAGACACACAGACAGACAGACAGACAGACAAUGGAUGACGUGCGCACGCGUGUGUCCGUCUGCAGUGCGUUCUGCCGUUCGUUCGUGUGCUUGGUCACCCUCGGGCCUUGACAGUGAUGAGCAGGGGGAAGGACCUCGUGCCAGCUGAUGAUAGCAACACGACACGGCAGCCACGUCAUGCUCAUGUGCACAUGUGGUGUGUAUCACUCAUCUGUCGGGGUGUGUGUGUGUGUGAAGUGUGUGUGUGAGUGUACCAGGGCAUCCCCUGAACUCCUGUGGUUCUGGCUUGGCCUCGAGGAUCAUGCUAUCGCCCAAACUGUCCAUGUGAGGCGCUGACACAUACACACACACACACACGUGUGGUAUGAUCUCUUCGUUGGUAUACGGUUCGCUCACCCAUUGCACUUGCGACGGGGUCUCGUGGAAGGUUCCCGACCUGACACACGCCGCACCACCGCCCAUGGAUGCAGCCAUGCAGGCAGGCAUCACACGGCUGUGUGCGUCCGUGCACUCACCUGUUCGCCGAAUCUCUGCACUUGUAUGCAGUUGUCGUCGUAGAUGUUGUCGGGCUCGCGCAUCAACGUCAACACGUCGUUGCGGUCCACAUCCUCAGACUGACAUUCACACCCACCCAACACCCAACACCCAAACACAUGACAUGAUGCACUCACUGUAGUGUGUUUCGGCAGUGGCUCAUCGUUCUUUCUCCCCGACCGCGUCAUAGUGAGAGGUGCCGUUGCAUUUGGUCACGACGUAGCCAAUGCUGACAGACAGCCACACACACAGAUACAUACACGUCCGUCCACAUCAACUCUCACACAAAUCGUGUGUGUAUGUGCGCACAUUUCCUCCCUCGACGACGACGAUGCAGCCGCCCCGCUCGCCCUCCCACUCCUGGCCUUCGCCGACGAGGCCGCCGCGGCAGGGGGCGCACGGGGAAGCUGCUCGUAGGGCACCCACCCCUUCCCCCUCGACGGUGGCGGGGGCUCGGGGUAUCCCUGGUGAUGCGAUGCGGGUGACGGCAUGGGGAAUGGGUUAAACAGGUUGCCAUAGGGUGACGAUGCCGACAUGGCGUUGCCCGGGAGCUGCCCAUAGCCAUACGCGCUCGCAGACUGGGCGAACGAGUAGGGCAUCUGCUGUGGAUAGCCGCCGCCUGAUGGGCCGCCGUAGGGGUAGGCCUGCUGCUGCUGCCGUGGCGGCGCCGCGUUGACCCCGACGAUCUCGACCUCGUCGCCUUGGUCUUGGUUGUUGGCUGCCGUGUAGGUGUUUGGCUGGCGGAACGGCAUGUGGGCGUUGUCGUCUUCAUCGUCAUCGUCAUCGUCGUCCUGAGUGAGAUCUAUGUUGUCCGCUGCGGUCAGGUCGAUUUGCCGAGCCGCCGGCUGGCCCUGCACAUCAUGAUGUGUGUGCAACACACAGACAUACACACACGAUAUAUAUGCUUCCAGUCAGUGUGUCUGUUGAGUUGAUCUGACUCUCGUGUGUCUGUGCUGCUUUGUUCGGUCUUUGGCUUGCUUUGUCGUGUGUGCCUGCCUCUCUAUGUGCAUCUGUCUGCCCUUGGCUGUUCCUCUGUACUUCCAUGUCAGUGUGUUACCUGUGGAUAGUACAUGACGUCUUUCUUCUCUAGACUCUCGAACCCAAUUGCUCGAGCCUCUUCUCAGUAGCAGCUAUACAGUCGUUUUUCCUCUGGCCUCUUU